CAGUGGGACUACAAUAUAAGUGGUUCGUCGGUAAAAUGCAUACCACGAUCAACCGUUGCUAAAGGUCGUUCUUACCGACAAACAUUUUUUUUGACACGAUCAAAGUGUUUUAUGCGAUUGCCGUUUUUCGCUAUUGGUUUACUGUGUUGUCCGUGUUCGAGUUGAAUAAUAAAAAGAAAAGACAUGACAAGCGAAUCGGAUAACCAAUCGCCAGAAGAGGGGUCCAGGCAACAAGAGUCGGAGUUGAAAAAAGAAAGAAAGAUCAAAAUCAUACGAAUCCUGACGGUGAUUGUAUACUUGACGGCUGUGUCUUCGACAUCGGUCAUGUUGUCCUCUUACUACAUGUUUGUAUGGAAGCCUCAUGCUGGAAAUAUGACGUUAACACCCAACACUGAUGGGAUGGCGAUGGCUUUACUCGGCGAUAAAUACCACGGUAGCCAGUACACCGGUAAACCAUAUAAAAAUUUAGGCAAAACGAGUACACCUUUCUUGGCUGCAACAAAAACCGAUCGCCUCUCGACUACCGGUCAAACUGAGCCUUACAGCGUUUAUAAAACGAUAAUGUCAACCAAAAAUGAACAGUCAACCACCGUCGAUUGGCAAACCAUAAGCGACACCACGGAAUCGUCCACGGCCACAGACCAAUCAUAAUACUCAAAUUAACCGCAUUGCCAAUUUAAAAUUAAUUAGAAUGAACUAAGCUUUCGUUUUUACGCCUAAAAAAAAAAAAAAAACAA